AUGUCUACUUCCAGCGGCGAUGAAACUGCUCCCUUCUUCGGCUUCCUUGGCGCUGCUGCUGCCCUCGUCUUCUCAUGUAUGGAAGCGACAUAUGGAACCGCUAAAAGUGGAGUUGGUGUGGCGUCGAUGGGAGUGAUGAGGCCUGAGUUGGUGAUGAAAUCGAUUGUACCAGUUGUUAUGGCUGGUGUGUUGGGUAUUUAUGGGUUGAUUCUUGCCGUUAUUAUUAGUACUGGAAUUAACCCAAAGGCUAAGUCUUAUUACCUUUUUGAUGGGUAUGCACAUCUCUCGUCUGGUCUUUCUUGUGGCCUUGCUGGGCUUUCUGCUGGAAUGGCCAUUAGACUCAUUGGUGAUGCUGGUGUCAGAGCUAAUGCUCAGCAGGGGAAAUUAUUGUAG